UCUUGCGGCCGCGGACCAAACAACCCUGCCCAGUCAGUUCCUCACGGUAAACCGGCCCGAGCGGUUCUGUCGUGCGGCGGUUGUCUCUCCGCGUCUCUUCUCUCUCUCUUUCUCUCGCCUCGCCUGCUCACCGAGCGUUCUGAUCUCUCCGCACGCCUCGGAUUCCGCGACCAGCGACGCCCGCAAGCGCGCGCGAGUAGCAGCAGCAGCAGGCAGUGAUACCUCCUCGAGUCGCGAGAUCGUGCGCUCGUGUCGGCGAUUCAAGUGCGAUCGAUAAGUUGGUUUUGACAAGCGCACGGUCCUCGGCGACCCCCGGUGAGCCAGCCGCCAGCCAUAGUCGCUCUUCCGCGCGAACGUCCCCUCCGUCCCCGCGGAGAUUGGCCGGUACCUCUCCUGUCUGUGGAUAUUACUCGACGCAGGAAACCUCGGUCGCAGGAGCAAGACAUAGGAUGGGCCGAGCCGUGCAGAGAAGUGUCGUUCAAUAUUAAAGAGGAGGAGUAUCUCGAAAAAGCGAGGGAAGCAGGAAAACGCAAAGGAUGCCUGCUUCGCAAGCCGCCGCAACCGAGCGGCGAAACGAGAGAACGCUGACGCACGAACCACCGAAACUAAAAACAACUUUAAAAACGCCCCCUAAGCAAGCAACGAAUCCUUUACAAUUCGUCAAAGUCGGGCCAUGUUCGCUGUAUCGAACAGCACAGGAGCAGCUGCAGAAGGUCCAAGAAGUGAAGAAAAUCAAACAAGAAGUCCGCGAUGAUCCCGAAGAUUGGCAAUCGAAUUUGGACAACUGGAAGAGCAGCCGAAGGAAGCGACAGGAGCAUAUAAUCGAGCGAGUAGUAGAGGUGAAGAAACUCGAAUUAGAGGAGCAUGAUCGUCAACGUCGUCGAAAUAAAACAUUUUCGGAGAUGAUGGAGGAACGCGGUAACAGAGGUCGGAAGUUAAGCAUCAGUUUGGCUAUGUACAAUGACGAGGAUGCAAACGAUCUCAGUGAUCUUGGGAUCGGUACUAGCAGUGGCAAGAGUUCAAUCAGCGGCGAUACGCAUGAUGACACGCAUAGUGUUCUGAGUGACCGUGACAGCGAGAUCGAGAAGAGCCAUUCAGAUGUGGACAACGUCACUGAUUCAGCUACAUCUGCGUUGACGACCGACACUACGCUAACAACAACGGCGACGACCAUAUCAACAAUAGCAACAAACGCGUCAGCGAUAACAGCGUCGACGACAACGACGGCGACAACGAUGAUGACGGAAACAACGGCAGCUAUAACGAAUGUAAUCGCGACUGUAACGACGACUGCGACUGCGACAUCGACGACGUCCACCGCGGUGAGGAAAGCGUUCGGUAGUGGUUUUCACGGCAAUCAUAAUCACAAUCAAGAAUACGAUUCCACAACUACCGCGACGACGAGUUCACCCGAACCAGAAGAGUAUACGUACGAAGGCGCCAUUCGCGGAUACGUUUCGAGGGUGUCGCAAAAUAUACCGAGGAGAUCUUUGACCGGGCUCGAGUCCAAGCUGGAGGCAGCAAAAUCGUCGGUAAACGGUUCGAAGACGAAUCUGAAUGACGACAGCAAGUCCCCGUUGUCAGUGGUGAAGGUAGAUAUACUGAAGAGGCGCGAGGUGUUCGAGAAGGCGUCGUCACAGAAGAGUAACGACAGCAAGACGAACAACAGGCUGUCCGGCGACUUCACCGGCACGAAAUCAAUCAAGGAGAGGCUUUCGAGUCUCGAGAGGCAGAAAUAUGAGAUAGAGAAUGGUGACAAGGCCGCCAAUAAAACGCUUAACCGAUUGUCCGGCGAUAUGAGCUCGAUCCGGGAGAGACUCACUCACUUGGAAAAGCAAGCUUCGGAGCGAGAGAGCAAGAGUUCCGUUCACCGCAAGCUCAGCACGGAGGAUCUGGAGACGGUGAGACCUCUCAGGGAGAGACUAUCCACCCUGGAGAAGUACAGCAGCAGCGACGAGUCCUCGGUGCCGACCACGACAAACGAGUCGCACUCGCACAACGGCGAGCUCACCGCUAGGACAAUCAAGGAUCGCCUCAGCGCUCUGGACGUUGUCAGGAGCAAGGAUGCAACGGAGAAACAGAGAGGAGCGCACGUCAGCAAACAUCCGCUCUGUUUCCGCGAUCCGGAAAGCAGGAUCGACACAUCGACGCCCAGUGAGAGGAGUUCGUCGCCCGAUUCGGAGUACCGUGUGCCGCGGGCUGUCUUCCACAGAAGCCUCGACUCCCUGGACGCCGACGCGUCCAGUGGGCCCGAUACCUUCGAGCGUGUGCAGAGCCUCGAGGAACUCGAUUACGGGCGACGGUAUCCCGCCUCGUCGUCGUCCGCGGAACUUCUCAACGAUACAGACCGCGAGGACUCGGGUAUUCACACCGCGGAUGUGAGCUGUUCGGUCAGCCAAGCGGACGAGCCGAUCGACGAGGAGAUCGUGCAGCAUACUGGUGCGAUCGGCACUAUCUUGGAACGACAAGAAACCGCCAUCGAAGAGAGAAUCAAGACGAUGCCUGUCCUCCAAGAGGACGCGUUGGCACCGAGCACGACGACGAGCGAAGUGCCAAACGACACCACGACGACUACUCACUCAGAGUUCGCCAGUCACCGGGAGGCAGUAGCGGUGAAUAAGGAACGGAUCGUUAUCGAGAAAGCGGACCAGGAGGAGGUAACUGCCGCUGUUGCUACUGCUGCGGCCUGCCCAGCGGCUUCAGCAGUCGAGCACGAGCAGCGCGAAACGACGGAGACUUCAACGAGCGGAAUGCCCGCCACCAUCACGACCACCACGAGGAAGUGCAUCGUCGACAACAACGUGCAUGAUGCACCUACUGCAGUUGUCACGCCAACGGCUAAUCAUCCGCCGGAACGACCGGCGAACUUGAGUUUAGCCAAGCAAGAAGUGAAUCUGCUCGACACAUUGAACAUCUCGAGUCCAGCCACGCCGAUUUCUAAACAGAUUCUACCACUUACUCUAUCCAACGACGAAGAGAUAAUUGCCGGUCAACCUUUCCUUUUGAGCCCACCAACAAGCGUAGAACCACCGAAAGAAAAACCACCGCCACCUCCGGUGGAUGUUAGUGACGAAGAGAAUCCUCCGCCAGAACCACUUAAAAGAUUGAACUCCACUCGUAGACUCAAAAAAGAGUUGCGCACAAGACGUUCGGAUUUCCUCGGCAUCGAGGGGCAGGUCAACGAUGACGAUCUUGAGUCUGAAUUAACGUUGACGAAACCGCCCGACAUGGCAGCAAUUCUCGCUGAGGAGAGACGCAUCGAGCAACUGCAUCGUCGCUCCUACGACACGGAUAGUAACUAUGAGCAAGAUUCAAGCCACGAAAGGGAUUCUGGAGUGGAAUUGGGUCACGUCGAGGACUGGGCAAAACAACCCGUCAGUCCUGAUAUGUCACAGCACAGCAGACAAAGUAGCGAGCCUUUCGGUGCCAGUGUGACCUCCUCCGAAGAAGAUGAGAUCACGAAGAAAGAACGGGAAAUUAUUGAAGUCCUUGAGAAAGAAGAACAAUGGCGAUAUGGAGAUAAUCGCGAGUAUAACAGUGACCUAGGGGAAAAAUUGGCGCAUAAAUUGCGCGAGCUGGAGGAAGAGAAAAUGCAGCUAGAGAGGGAGGCAAUAUUGCGCUGCAAUGAAGAUGCAUUUCGCAAGAGGGACGACAGUGCGUGCAAGCAAGAAGAUACGCACGAGCAACAGCAACAGCAACCCGAUGACACAGCAAAACAGCGGGAGACUCAGGCACGAUCGACAGGGGAGGAAGCAAAGUACCUCGGAGACAAGCGAAAGGACGAGGAAUACGAGAUGCAGUCGGAACAGCUAAAAAUGCAGAACGAGAUCGAGCAGAAGGAACGAAGGGUCGCUGACGCGUGUCGCGAGGAGGAGAUGCGCAUACGGACGAUGGAAAGUCAAAUCCGCGAGCAAGAGAGCAAGGCAUUGGUCGGUGCUGGGUUCAGCAGCAACGAAGAUGAAUUCCCUUCUGGGGAAGUGCUACGAGUGGAAAGAGAACUUUUGCAAUUGGAGCAAGAAGAAUUGAAGAGACAACGCAGUAAUCUGGCAUAUCGUGAGCAAAAGCAACUUAGAUUGGCUGAACAACUACAGGAGCAAUGGAAAUCUUUGCAAGACGUUGCGCAGAACACAAUUAAAAGCACGCAGCAAUACAAACAAUAUCAUGCGCCAACAAUGAAUUACCGUUCUUCGAUGCCAAACUUGCAAUUUCAAGAUGCACCGAGAAGAAGACCGCCACCACCCCCGAUUCCGCUCACUAAACCACGCAUACUUGAACAGAGACAGAGAGAUGUUACUAUCAGAAACAGCCGUAUACCAUCCGCGGAUUCAAUCCCUCAACAAGUAGACGCGUCAGUCCGAGAAAACGCGCCGACAGCGACGCUUGCGAGUCACACCGGACAACAAAUGUCCAGGCAAACUUUGCAGGCAUUAAGUGCAGUGCCACGACCACGAAUCGUUCAAGGUGAUCAAUGGGUUCAGCGAAGGAAAAGCGACGUGCCAAGGGCCGCUCAUGACGUAAACUAUCAACACUGGCUUAUUCAGGAGGCAGAACAAAGGAGAAUUAAUGAGAGGAAUCAACGAUCACCGGCUCGGAAACCUCAAUCACACGUAACUGGCACCUCCGUGCCAUACAACACUCCUAUUCGGAUAGAUAGUAAACCACUACCUGAUUCUAUCAUACAAACUCUAACCCAGAGGGUACAGAAUAAAACGCAGGAGAAACCUCUGUCGACAAGGAGAAGACCAGAACAAAUUCAUAGCCAAGAACACCUAACGGCUAUGCAACAUCAGUCACCGCAGUACACAUUGCAGCCUCAGAAAACUCAACAUGCUCCAAUCGCAAAUAGCAGCGGAAAUCAAGAAAAGAUGCUGAGCGUGAGUGGAAAGAAGAAGUGUUCCCAUUGUGGGGAGGAAUUAGGUCGAGGUGCCGCAAUGAUAAUCGAGAGCCUACGACUGUUUUAUCAUAUGGAGUGUUUCAAAUGUUGCGUAUGCCACGUGCGCCUCGGCGAUGGAUUGAUGGGAACGGAUGUGCGCGUCCGAAAUCAUAAACUUCAUUGCCAUAACUGCUACUCGAGUGAUGACGGUGUCAAGUUCAGUUGUGUGUAGAAGCCUGAUUGACGGAAUUACCCUGAUUAACUCGAUUAUAACUCGCUUUUCGGCUAUACCGUACGAUUUUCGUAAUCGAUCGUUCAGUUAUACUUGCCUAAAAGUAUCGCACUCGCGACAGAACAGAUAAAUAAGUAGAUGUAUAUAUAAAUAUACUUUUCGCUAGAUCAAACAGGAAGAAGAGUAAUAUCACUGUUUGCCGAUUAGAUAUAUAUUAUCUCCCGUGUCUUUAUUUCGAGGUAACAAAUUCAUACGCAUGUUUUCUAUGCAACUGUUGCUACCGACUAACACGAAUCAUACGGAUGUAUAUAAGAUGUAUUUAUGUAAUUAGCAUAGAAAUAAGAAAUCUUGCAGUUGUUGAAACUAUUCAACGUGAAUGUAGCUGGCGUCGAUUUAGCGACGCUGUAUAUUUUUGUAAAAUAUUUCUUGUGUGUUAUUUAUAUCAGAUAUGUUUAACUUACGGUCGAGUAACAAGAUGUACGCGGCCAUUUUCUUAACUUGAAGUCUUCGAAUCUUACGUUGAAAGUUCGAAUAACGCGAAAUCGAAUCUCCCUUGAGAUGAUCGAGUUCUAGCGAUUUUGACUUUGCGCAAUGGUCGAUUAGUCGAACAGUGGCAGAUCUAUCGACGCGCCAAUGGAAUGUAAACUUUGAAAUUCUGAGGUAUCAUCGACGUAUCGGCACGAAUUUGUAAUCUCCUCUUUAUCAAAUUCAAAUUUCACAUUUAAGUAUGUUGUCAAAUUAUUUAACUACGUGAUUAAAUAUUAAUUAUUGCGUGAAAUAAGCUUAUGAUAAUUGUAAUUUUCUUUAUAUACAUGUAUUUAUUUUUGGUAUUUCAGUGCUUCUUACAUCAAAAUAAUUGACAAAUAAAUAAAUAUUUAUUACACAUUGAUAAAGAAAACUUUUUGAACAAAAUUUUGUGGUAUUAAAGCUCCAGGCUGCUGAAAAUAUAGAUCCCCUACUGUUCACGAAUUAAAAUGCAGAUGAUCGUAUAGAAUUAUACACGAUGGCAUAUCGACUUGAUAUAAUUGUGCGUUUAAAAAAGGCAAGACAGCAGCUGCUUUCUCUCAAUCGCUUCCUGACCGCAUCUAUAAUCGCGUCGAGGACGCGCUACGUUGUUUUAUAUUGUAAUAUAUACAUCUUGCGUUAUUAACGACAUAUGUAAUUUUAUAUUAUUGAAGAAAAUAAAUGAAGCAAAUGAAAUUGUAUAUUUCUUCACAGGACACUCGCAUCUACCGAGGAUAUAUGUUUUAUCUAUCGAUUUUUCCUACAAUUUACUCAAUUUACGCAAUUAAUUAAUCAGAUAUAUUGUACCAAAUCAUAAUAAUUAUACGCAACAUUAAAUAUAUUAUAAC